UCAUCAUCUUGCUGAAACAAGAAAACCCCAAUAUUCUUGGAGAAUCAGAGGCUUCUUUUUGCAAAUGUCUUCUGCAAUCUCCCUCAACACAAGAUUAAUCCUUAUUGUUUCGUGAGCUUCAUCAUCUUCUAUAAAUGCUUGAAGCAAUUGCUUCUUGUCAUGCUCCCAUGGGACAUGACCUUAUCAUUCAGCCAAGCAUUGUAAGAUCUAAUCUUCACUCGCCACACCUUUUCCGACACCUUUAUUAUGGGCCAAAUCGCUAUGACAAGCAACUGUAUACGCCAGCAUUUUCCACCUGUCGCAGGAUACAGUAUUGCUGUCACACGGCUGCAAAACUGCCAGAUGGUGCACCUCUGUUAACAUCCUCAUUUCUUGGUGGGAGUCGAUCUCUUAUCUCAAAUCAUAGACAUUCUCAGAGAGGGGGGAGAUUUCGUAUGAAUGCAACGCUUGAUGUUGGUGGAGCCGUUGAGGUCAUUAAUGAUCUAGGAUUGGAUACACUGACAUUCUUAGCUGUUACUGUCUUGGUGGUUCCUGCCUUCAAGAUCGUUAAAGCUAGCCCUAUACUUGGUUUCUUCUUUGCGGGAGUUGUGCUCAAUCAAUUUGGCUUGAUUAGAAAUCUUACAGACGUUAAAGUUCUUUCUGAAUGGGGGAUCCUUUUCUUGCUAUUUGAGAUGGGCUUAGAGCUUUCGCUUGCACGUUUGAAAGCUCUUGCUAAAUUCGCAUUUGGGAUGGGUUUAACCCAGGUUGUUCUCUCUACUCUUGCUUUCACGGCAUUCGAACUCCCACCUAACGGGGCUAUUGGAACUCGAAUUCUGGAGUUUCUUUUUCACUCGAGGUCUGAUUUGGUGAACAUCAGAAGUAUAGAUGAGGCUAUAGUGAUUGGUGCUGCUCUCUCAUUGUCAUCUUCUGCAUUUGUUCUACAGCUUCUUGCAGAGAGGGGUGAGCUACCAACUCGAUUCGGCUCAGCUACUCUGGGGAUACUCCUACUCCAGGAUAUAGCAGUCGUCCCUCUGUUAGUCAUACUUCCGGUGUUGGAGAGCCAGAACAUAGUAGAAGAGAGUAUUUUGCCAAUGCUUGUGAAAGAAAGUUUGAAGGCUUUAGGUGGAUUAGGUUUGCUUUCUCUCGGUGGAAAGUUCCUUCUUAGGCGUGUUUUUGAGGUUGUUGCAGAAGCAAGAAGCUCGGAAGCUUUUGUAGCACUCUGUUUAUUAACGGUUGCUGGAACAUCACUUAUAACUCAGAAAUUAGGCUUCAGUGAUACGCUUGGAGCUUUUUUAGCGGGGGCUCUGUUGGCUGAAACAAAUUUCAGGACGCAGAUUGAAGCGGAUAUAAGGCCUUUUAGGGGAUUACUUCUUGGGUUAUUCUUUGUAACGACUGGAACAUCUAUCGACACGCAGCUACUUAUCCGAGAGUGGCCGAAUGUAUUGUCACUAUUAGCAGGUUUAAUUGUUAUCAAGACCCUGAUUAUAACAGCAAUCGGUCCUCGUGUUGGAUUAACUUUGCAAGAGAGUGUAAGGAUAGGAUUGCUUCUUUCUCAGGGUGGUGAGUUUGGAUUCGUAGUGUUUUCCCUUGCAAACAGGCUAGGGGUGUUGCCGCUCGAGCUUAAUAAGCUUCUUAUAAUUGUUGUUGUGCUGUCAAUGGCGCUGACCCCCUUGCUUAAUGAUCUUGGACGGAAGGCUGCUGAGUUUAUUGGUGAAAAUGUCGAUGCAGGAGAUAAAACUGCUGAAGAGGCAAUUUUUGACGCCACUGAACCAGUUGUUAUCCUCGGGUUUGGACAAAUGAGUCAGGUUCUUGCCAACUUCCUGUCCACUCCACUGGCUUCUGGACUAGAUGGGGAUGCUGGAUGGCCUUUUGUUGCCUUCGAUCUUGAUCCGACUGUAGUAAAGGCAUCUAGAAAACUUGGUUUUCCUAUCCUAUAUGGUGAUGGGUCGCGUGCAGCUGUUCUGCAGUCGGCUGGUAUAUCUUCUCCUAAAGCCGUGAUGGUUAUGUAUGAGGGAAGGCAGAGGGCAGUCGAGGCUGUUGAACGGAUUCGGCUUGCAUUCCCUGCAAUACCUAUAUAUGCUCGAGCUCAAGACAUCCCACAUCUCUUAGAUCUGAAAAAAGCAGGGGCAACCGAUGCUAUUCUUGAAAAUGCAGAGACAAGUUUGCAGCUCGGCUCAAAGCUUCUGAAAGGGCUUGGCGUUAUGUCCGAUGAUGUAUCCUUUUUAAGUCAACUUGUUCGGGACUCAAUGGAGUUGCAAGCUCAAGCAAUUAUCGUACCCAAGGAUCCUGAUCCUGAUGCUAUGAAGCCACUACAGUUGAGAGUUGCGGAUUUAGUAGCGACGAGAAAACCUGUAUCUGCGCUCUCGGGAAAGGAAGAAUCGGUAAGAAUCAGUCUGCCGGAGAGAGACCGCAUCUUAAUGACACAAGAGAAAUUGGAACAACCGAAGGAGGUCCCUCAAGGGGAGGAUGGGAGAGGCGUGUUAUAUUGCGAACUGGAUUCAGACGACGAAGGUCCAAACCGACACACGAGAUCAAACUUAUAGAUUCGUUGAAUUAUGUUGUGAGAUUAAGUUAUAUACAUACAUUGAUCGUUAGACAUGACAGAAAAUGGGAUUGGAAAUGAGGUUUAAAGGAGAAGUGAAGUUAGGAAUAAUGUUGUAUAUAAUUUAUUCCCAAAUUCAAAACAGAUUUUGGCUCUAUUUCGUGUGCGGAAAACGACCGCGAUACGGAUCGUUUGUUUCCCGGAA